UUGUGUACCGAUCAGUUUGUCUGCAACCUCUAAAAACGAAAGGAAUUUGGAUUCUGGCACUUAGUCUUCCUCCUAAAGUAUUAGACUUGACUUUGGAGACUAGUAUCCAUAUGCUCAGUUCACGGUGGAUAUAAACAUGUCGACGUGCAAGAUAUGGAGUCCUUUUGGGAUUUAUAUAGUCGUUGUUCUGUUGGAUUGUUGCUGGGAAGCGGUAUCUGGGCAGCUCUCUUACUCUGUAUGGGAGGAGGUAAACACGGGGACUUCUGUGGGAAAUCUCGCUAAAGAGCUAAGUCUCAAUGUUAACGACUUGGAGGCUCGUAUGUUUCAGAUUGUUAACGGGUCAAAAAGAAAAUAUUUUGAUGUAAAUCUGAAAUCAGGAUUUCUUUUCGUCAAUGAAAGAAUAGACCGCGAGGAGCUCUGUGCUAAGGCUGAAACAUGUACUGUCAAUGUAGAGGCCGUGAUCAACAAUCCACUGAAGCUGUAUCGUUUGGAUAUUAAUAUAGUGGAUAUAAAUGAUAAUGCACCAUAUUUCCCUGAGAAUAUGCAGUCUCUUAACAUUGCUGAAAGUACUGUACCAGGUGGGAAAUUUGGAUUUGUCGGGGCUUCAGAUCGCGAUGUUGGUAAGAAUAGUGUUAGUACAUACAAGCUAAGUCAAAAUGAUUAUUUUUCUUUAGAGGUUCACAAAGGGAGAGAGAGUGUGUCUGCCGAGCUUGUGCUACAGAAAGCUUUAGACAGAGAAAAACAACGUACUAUAAAACUUACAGUGACCGCAGUCGACGGCGGAAAUCCACCCAAGUCAGGGGCGUCUCAGAUCAUUAUAAAUGUUUUAGACAUUAACGACAACGCUCCGGUUUUCAGCAGUGCUUUAUACAAGGCACGGAUUUCUGAGAACUUACCAGUAGGCACAACUGUUGUAGCUUUGAAGGCAACAGACGCAGAUGAGGGUUUAAAUGCUCAAAUAGAAUAUUCAUUGAGAAGUAAAGGUCAGGAUCACGUCUUGGAGGUAUUUGACAUUGAUUCUAAAACAGGUGUACUUAUUAUAAAAGGUGACAUCGACUAUGAAGAAAAUCCUGCCUUUGAGAUUCAUGCUCAGGCCAGUGAUAAAGGCCAGCCUCCGAUGUCUGCUCACUGUAAGGUGCUGGUAGAAGUGGUUGACCUAAAUGACAACGCUCCUGAGAUCACCGUGACAUCACUACUAAACACAGUGAGGGAGGACGCAGAAGUAGGUACUGCUAUUGCUCUCGUCUCUGUAAUGGAUAAGGAUGGUGGGAAAAACGGUGUAGUUAAAGCUUUCAUUGAAAAUGAGAACCACUUUAAAUUGGACACAAAUUACAAAAACUAUUAUUCGUUAGUAGUUUACGGUCCGCUUGAUAGAGAGAUUCAGUCUCAGUACAAUGUCACCAUCGUAGCAACUGAUGAAGGGACUCCACCUCUCUCCAGCACCAACAUACUGACUGUUCAUGUUUCUGAUGUAAAUGACAAUCCGCCUCGCUUCUCCGAGCCGCUAGUUAAUGUUUAUGUAAAAGAGAACAGUCCAGUUGGAGCAGUUAUUAAAACAGUGUCUGCAGCUGAUGCCGAUAUUGAUCAAAAUGGUCAGGUGAGCUACUCAUUUUUAAAAACUAAAAGUGACUCGUUGCCCUUAUCUACAAUGAUUAACAUCAACUCAGAGACUGGAGAUAUAGUCAGCCUGCAGUCUUUUAACUACGAGGAGUUAAAAACGUUCCAGUUUAAAGUUCAGGCCACAGACUCUGGUGUUCCUCCGCUCAGCAGCAACGUGACUGUGAACGUUUGUAUCCUGGAUGAGAAUGACAACAGUCCCGCGAUCCUCGCGCCCUAUUCUGAGCACGGCUCCGUUAACAGUGAGAGCAUCCCCUAUUCUGCUGAAGCGGGAUACUUUGUGGCAAAGAUCAGGGCUGUAGACGCAGACUCUGGAUACAACGCGCUGCUUUCUUAUCACCUGUCUGAGCCCAAAGGAAACAACCUCUUCCGGAUCGGAACCAGCACCGGGGAGAUCAGGACUAAGAGGAGAAUGAGUGACAAUGACCUGAAAACUCACCCCUUGGUGGUGUUGGUUUCUGAUAACGGAGAGCCCUCCCUGUCAGCUACUGUGUCUAUUGAUGUGGUGGUGGUUGAAAGCACAGCUGACAUCCAGACUCAGUUCAGACAUGUGCCCAUAAAGGAGGAGAGCUUCUCUGAUUUGAACCUGUAUCUGCUGAUCGCCAUUGUGUCGGUGUCAGUGAUCUUUCUGCUGAGCCUCAUCAGUUUAAUAGCUGUGAAAUGCCACAGGACAGACGGCAGUUUCAGCAGGUACAGCGCCCCGAUGAUCACCACCCACCCUGACGGGAGCUGGUCUUACUCUAAAGCUACUCAGCAGUAUGACGUGUGUUUCAGCUCCGACACACUGAAGAGUGACGUAGUGGUUUUCCCCGCACCGUUUCCGCCUGUAGAUGCGGAGCUGAUCAGUAUAAACGGAGGGGACACUUUCACCGGAACUCAGACUUUACCUAAUAAAGACAAGGUAAGAAAAGUAUGA